AUGACCGAUAAUACGAAGCUUACUUCCAGAAAAAGCAAUCAAUCGAGAAUUCAACACCAAGCAUUAGAAGCAGUAUCUCUAAACCCAAGAUAUGCCAAAACUCUGAAUAUGGUUCCCUACUCGCUUACUUAUCAUGGAAUUGUGCUUUGGCAGGCUUCAAUCUUCCAUUUUGGAUCCAUAAGUUUGAUAGCUGAACCAUGCCGUUCAGCGCAUUUGACAGCCAUGCUGGAGGCCAAGAAUGCAGGCGCCCUCCUAUCCUAUGACCCAAACCUUAGGCUUGCAUUGUGGCCAUCGGCAGAUGAAGCCAAGGCUCAGAUGCUGAGCAUCUGGGAUCAGGUAAACAUUGUUAAGAUCAGCGAUACUGAACUUGAGUUCCUCACAGGCAAAUCCUCGGUGGAGGAUGAUAUAGUAAUGAGCUUGUGGAAACCAGCGAUGAAACUCCUUGUAGUAACAUUGGGAAAGGAUGGAUGCAAAUAUUAUACCAAAAAUUUCUUGGGGACUGUUGACAGCAUCAAGGUCAAGCCUGUGGACACAACAGGGGCUGGGGAUGCUUUUGUUGGAGCUAUGCUAUGGGGGAUUGCAAAGGAUCUGUCAACUUUGAAAGAUGAGAAGAAGUUGAAGGAGGUGUUGAGGUUUGCAAAUGCUUGUGGGGCCAUUACCACCACUAAGAAGGGAGCAGUCCCUGGUUUGCCUAGUGAAGCUGAGGUGUUGGAGUUUCUGAAGAAAGCUUGAGUGUGGUUUUGGGUUAUUUUUUUUUUUCGACAAUUUAAUUUCUCGUUAGUAACUUAGUCUGUACUACGUAGUAAAUCAGAUUAGAUUUACAUCCUUAGGUAUCUUGACAUUUCACUGUUGUAAUUCUUUUUACUCUCUGGAGAAAUAAAUUACAGAGAGAUUAAUUGUUGGGAAGAUUUACAUACAUACCAAUCAAUUCUUUUGCAUUUAUAUAUCCAACCCCUACACAUUAAUUUUUACAAAUACGCCACCUUAUUUCACUUCUUAGAAGCUAAAACAGUGUUAUUUUUGAUGUGAUGUAAAAGAUUUGA